AUGACCGACACCACAUUAAAUCCCCUGGACUCCUUGUCCGCCACCCCGGACCCCGAGCUCAUGUUGACGGUUUCCCCCGCGGAUACCUCACUCGACUCGCCGGAACCCAUGGAGUGCAAGGAGGAGGAUGGAGAGAAGAAGCCGGCGAAGAAGAGGAAGUCCUGGGGUCAAGAACUCCCCGUCCCCAAGACCAACCUCCCUCCACGGAAACGGGCCAAGACCGACGACGAGAAGGAACAGCGCCGCAUUGAGCGGGUGCUGCGGAAUCGUGCCGCCGCGCAGACCUCGCGCGAGCGCAAGCGACUGGAGAUGGAGAAGCUCGAGACCGAGAAGAUCCGCAUGGAACAACAGAACCAGUUCCUCCUCCAACGGUUACAACAGAUGGAGGCCGAGAACAACCGCCUGUCCCAACAGGUGGCCCAGCUCUCCGCCGAAGUCCGCAGCUCACGAAGCUCCACGCCCGUCAAGGCCGGCACCCCCGUCGCCUCCACCGAAUCCCCCACCCUGACUCCCACCCUCUUCAAACAAGAAGGCGAAGAACUCGCCAUGGAACGCAUCCCCUUCCCGACCCCCGCCACCACCACCCUCGACUACUCUCCCACCCUGAAGCCCUCCACUCUGGCUGAGGCCUCCGACGUGACACAACAUCCUGCCGCGGUGUUGUGUGAAGACCUGCAGUGUCCGUCGCUGGCCUCGAAGGAGCUGGAAGCGCUCUCCCACUCUUCGACCUCUCCUCCGAGAUCGACCCUCCUGCCGCAGCUGAUGUUGCCGCUCCUCUUUCUGACGAUGACUUCCGCCGCCUAUUCCACGGUGAUUCGCCCGCUGACUCAAAUCCUUCAUUCCCUGAAGACGGGUUUGCCUUUGGCGCUCUCGACGGCGGAGAUCUAUCAGCAUUUCCCUUUGAUUCAUUGGUUGAUUUCGACCCCGAGUCUGUCGCCCUCGACGGCGUCGACCCGGCCAGUCUUUCGGAUGAGACUGCUCACCCGACUGCUUGCCUGCAGCCCAGCCUUGGCGCGUCCACUUCGCGAUGCGACGGGCAGAGCAUUGCAGCGAGCGGUUAGUGAGUACGCCUUCAGCCUGCAGACUGGUUCGGCCGACGCCCCGGAGGGCCGACCGCGGUGGGAGUCGUUAUUAACCCUGAUCUGGGCAAUCGAUAGACUCGAGCAGUCGCGACGCCACCGACGGGCACCAUCAAUGGGGGUGUCCAAGUCUCAAACCAAAACCAAAACCAAAUCACCCAUCACAUCCGGCCGGCGACGCAGUUACGGAAAGAUCCUUCAUCAACGGAGUACACGGAGUUCCUGGAGUUCAAUGACUCCCACCACUACCCCGCCAAGCGCGGGUGAUACGCUCGCGUCUUUGCUAAUGGGCAAACAACGCUAA